CUAAGUCCUAACAAUUUCUUUUUUCUAAUAUAAAAUCUGGCAUGCCCUUAAUAAGUUAAGAAGACGCAUACUUUUAGCCACAGUCCAGAUGCGACGCAGCUUACACAGCGUUAGACCGACGCUAAAAAUCACAUUAUUGUAGACAGAUUAGCAAUGGCGAGUUUGGGGCGACUAUUGAGAAGACGUCCUUCAUGGAGCCGAUUUUCCUGUCCCAAAACCCUAAAACCGUCUCCGAACCACUUCCUUCGCCCUCUCCAUCACCUCCAUAUUUGUUCCCCUGCAUCAGAAAUUCAGCUCUCUACUAUUGAUGGCCCUUACUACUCUAUACUUCCAGCUGUUUUUGCCGGUUUCCUUGGACUUGGAAUGUUUCAAGUAGCCUAUGCUGACUCUGAUCAGGCUGCUGCUAAACCUUCACUGCCUUCAGAAUCUCCUUCAAGUUACAAGGAUUUAGAGGAGAUUGCCACAAAAGAAAGACAGCGAAUUGAAGGGUUACUCAAGUUGAGAGGAAUAAAAAAUGGUUCUUACCCCCGCUUCAUGGUUGCUGUCAAGGGUCAAAAGGUCACAAUCAAAUUUCAAAUACCUCCUGCAUGUGAUGCUCUUCACUUGAUUGCCAACCUGGUUUCAAAUCUUGGAUUGAAGGUUGACGAGCGCGCUGGUGGUUCAGAUAUGCUAUUACGUGCUUGGGACAGUGCAGUUGCCUGGCAACUAACACUUAGUUCUCCAGAAAAGCAUAAGGAAGCUGGUGUUGACAAAGGGCAGUUUGUAGAUAUGAAUACAGCUGAGGGAGAUCUAUGCAUUUUCUUGUUUCGUUCACUCAUUAGCACAGAUAAAGCAGAAAUUGAGUUUAUAAAGGGUGGGAGCUUAAGCACCACAGAACUUGAUGCUCUGGUGUCUGUUUUACAAUUGGCUGGUGACAGAUUAAAGAGCUUGCAAAGAAUUCCAGGAGAAGGUGCUGCUCGGAUGCCGUCUGCAGACAAAUCAGUUGCCACUCUGGAGUCCAUGGGAGUAAGAAUAUAUGGACUUAAUGAACCACAUAUAAAUUCUUCAAAAGGUGAAAUAUCUUGGAACAAUAUUGCUGGGUAUGAUCAGCAAAAACAAGAAAUAGAAGAUACAAUCUUGUUGGCUCUGCAUAGUCCUGAAGUAUAUGACAAUAUUGCUCGUGGAACACGGCGGAAGUUCGAGUCAAAUAGACCUCGAGCUGUGCUUUUUGAAGGUCCACCAGGCACAGGGAAGACAUCUUGUGCUCGUGUUAUUGCUACUCAAGCGGGUGUACCAUUGCUAUAUGUGCCACUGGAGGUGGUCAUGUCCAAGUACUAUGGGGAAAGUGAAAAAUUGCUAGGAAAAGUUUUUGCUCUUGCUAAUGAGCUUCCUAAUGGUGCUAUCAUAUUCCUAGAUGAGGUUGAUUCUUUUGCUGUUGCUCGUGAUAAUGAAAUGCAUGAAGCUACACGCAGAAUUUUAUCAGUUUUACUGCGACAGAUUGAUGGAUUUGAACAGGACAAGAAAGUGGUUGUUAUUGCUGCAACAAAUAGAAAACAGGACCUUGAUCCUGCUUUGAUCAGCCGGUUUGAUUCAAUGAUUACUUUUGGUCUGCCCGAUGAGCAGAACCGCCAGGAAAUUGUUGCCCAGUAUGCAAAGCAUCUUAAGAGAUCUGAUAUAGAGGAAUUGGCCAAAGUCACUGACCAAAUGUCAGGAAGGGAUAUUAAAGAUGUGUGUCAGCAAGCAGAACGGUCAUGGGCAUCAAAGAUAAUUCGAGGAAAAGCAGAUAGAGAUGGAGAACAAGGAAAUCUUCCAACUUUGUCAGAAUAUAUUGAGAGUGCUUUGAUUCGGCGGCAGGCUCUACUUAGCAUUGCAGACCAAAGAAGUGGAGGUUUUAAUCCAAGCAGAAGCAGAAGCGGAAGUCGAUUAGAUUUAUGUUAAAAGAGUAGGUGGAGAUGCCAUGAUACAGGAUGCACUCAAAAUUAUACGGAUACGUUGCUUUGAUCGGAAACCAAUUAAGAGUUGAUGCUAUCUGUGCUCCAAAGUUAAAGUUAAAUAUUAAUCUCUUCUCUUUAAGACUAAAUUAUAAAAGCCAAUACGAUGUUCUUAUGUCUUUUGUUCCGAAUUAUAUUCUACAGGACAGGCUUUGCUUUUAAUAAACUUUUGAAGUUUAAUUUUCAUAAAA